UACACAAGUGACUCUGAACUGAUGGCUUCUCAGAAAAGUUGAGCUGAAAGGUUAUUUUGUCCGGCUUCGAAAAGAAAUGUUUCACUAAAUUAUGAUAAAGAAGCGCGAGUUAAGGAAAAAGCCGAUAAGAGGAUCAUGAAUAGCCCAAUGAGGUUUGGCCACUUCUGAAGAGCCUUCCGCGAGCGUUGCAGGAGGGGGCGCUUCUCUCUUAGAGCAGGUCCCCCGUUGAGAGCACGACUUCAGUCGGCAGCGAGCAGGUCCCGCCACUCAACACUCAGCCUGCAGCGGCCAGUCCUGCCAGUCCCCCCUCAUUCCCAGGCAGUCAACACUCAGCCUGCAGUGAGAAGGUCCCGCCAGUCCCCCCCUCAGCCUCCAGCGACCAAGCGGGGAGCGGGGUUACCGUACCGGCACAGCGACAGGAUACCUUGGCAUUGUAGGUGCCAUGGAGCGCCGAGGACGUUUAGUGGCACUUUACGUCGCGUUCACUAGUUUUUGGUUGCAGCUGCCUGGCGCACUGGCGUUCAACCUGGACGUCCACAAUGUGAUCAGGAAACAAGGGGAACCCGGGAGCCUGUUCGGCUUCUCUCUGGCCAUGCACCGGCAACUCAACCCGGAUAAAAGAAUGCUGCUGAUCGGGGCACCGAGGGCCAGAGCGCUGGGCAACCAGAGAGCCAACAUCACCGGGGGGCUGUACAAGUGUGAGCUGACCCUCGCCCUCCAGGACUGUGAACGCAUCCAGUUUGACAACGAAGAGGACGUACGCACAGAGAACAAGGAGAACCAGUGGAUGGGGGUGACGGUGCAAAGCCAGGGUCCCGGCGGGAAGAUCGUGACCUGCGCCCACCGGUACCAGCGGCGUCUGAACGUCAACACGCUGCAGGAGUCCCGGGACAUCACGGGCCGCUGCUACAUGCUGAGCCAGGACCUGAGCAUCGACACGACCAACGACGAGGACGGCGGCAACUGGAAGUUCUGCGAGGGCCGGGCCCGCGGCCACGAGAGGUUCGGCUCCUGUCAGCAGGGGCUGGCCGCCACCUUCACCAAGGACUACCACUACGUGGUCUUUGGGGCCCCCGGCGCCUACAACUGGAAGGGCAUCGUGAGGAUGGAGCAGAAGAACAACACUCUGCUGGAGAUGGGGAUCUACGACGACGGCCCCUUUGAAGUAGGGGACGAGAACCUGUUGGAUCCGGAUCUGGUCCCGGUGCCCGCUAACAGCUACCUGGGCUUCUCCCUCGACUCGGGCCACACCCUCACCAGGGGCCCGGGGGUGACCAUCGUGGCCGGGGCCCCCCGGGCCCAUCACUCCGGGGCCGUGGUCCUGCUGAGGAAGGAGAGCGAGGGGUCCACCCGUCUGUCCCCGGAGUUCAUCCUGCAGGGCCCGGGCCUGGCGUCCUCCUUCGGCUACGACGUGACGGUGGUGGACCUGAACGGGGACGGGUGGCAGGACAUCGUGGUGGGAGCCCCCCAGUUCUUCCUGAAGGACGGGGACGUGGGCGGGGCCGCCUACGUCUACAUCAACCAGGCGGGCAGGUGGGACCGUGUCACGCCCGUCCGCCUCAACGGAACCAAGGACUCCAUGUUCGGGCUGGCGGUGGAGAACAUCGGGGACAUGAACCAGGACUCGUACCAAGACAUCGCAGUGGGAGCUCCGCACGACGACGCGGGGGUGGGGAAGGUGUACAUCUUCCAUGGGGCCGCCCACGGAGUCAACACCAAGGCUGCACAGAUCCUUUCAGGAAAGCCUAACGACAUCCAGCUAUUUGGAUACUCUCUGGCGGGGAAUAUGGACCUGGACGGCAACUCGUACCCAGACCUGGCAGUGGGCUCGCUCUCGGACACAGCUCUCAUCUUUAGAGCAAGGCCUGUCGUGAGCAUCAAGACUGAUCUCAAGAUAACACCGAAGGAAAUCGACUUUUCAAAGAAAACCUGUGGCAACAAUGUUUGUUUCACCAUAGAGGCAUGCUUCACUUACAAAGCGAACCCGGCCACAUACAGCCCCAAACUAACCAUCAGCUUUGCUAUCGAGGCGGAGGGCUAUCGGAGGAGGCAGGGCCUGCUGUCCAGGGUGGUGUUCCUGGACCGGUCCCCCUCGGACCAGGACCACCAGUCCUCUGGGACCCUGGAUCUCCGCGGCCAGAACAAGAAGAACUGCUUCAAGGCCAAGGUCAAACUCCAGGAGAACAUUAAGGACAAGCUCCGAGGGAUCCCUGUGGAGGUCUCGGUGGGCGUGGUGGGCACCAAGCGACACAAGAGGCAGCAGGAGCUGCCCGCCCUAGUGCCCGUCGUGGACCCCUCUCAGCCCAGCAGGGUGGCCGCCGAGUUGAACUUCCUGAAGGAGGGCUGUGGCCGGGACAACAUCUGCCAGAGCAACCUGCAGCUGCACUUCAAGUUCUGCUCCAAGGAGAACAACCAGGAGGUCUUCACACCGCUGCCGAUUGAGAACGGUACGCCGGUGUUCUCGAUGAGCGAGCAGAAGACGGACCUGGCCCUGCAGGUGACCGUGAAGAACCGGAACGGGGACGACGCGCACGAGGCCAAGCUGGUGGGGAGCUUCCCCGAAUCGCUCUCCUACUCGGGGUUCCGCUCCCACAACCCUACGAGGGAAAAACAAGUAAUCUGCAUCGCCAAUCAGAACGGGUCCCAGUCGGAGUGCGAUCUGGGGAAUCCACUGAAGAGGGACUCGGAGGCGACAUUCUACAUCAUCCUGAGCACGGCGGGAAUCUCCUUCGACACCACAGAGAUCAGCAUCGACCUGCUGCUUCAGACAACCAGCACACAGGAGGGUAUCGCCAAAGUGAGUGCGAGGGCCAAAGUGGUCAUCGAGCUGGCCCUGUCGGUCGCAGGCGUGGCGAGGCCCUCCCAGGUCUACUUUGGGGGCGUGGUGAAAGGAGAGAGCGCUGUAAAGACAGAGGAGGAGAUCGGCAGUUUGAUCAACUAUGAGUUCAGGAUCACCAAUCUGGGAAAGCCUCUGAAGUCCUUCGGAUCGGCUUCGCUCAACAUCCAGUGGCCGAAGGAGAACUUCGAUGGCAAGUGGCUUCUCUACCUAGUGAAGAUCACCUCCACAGGCCUGGCUGAGGUCCCCUGCACCCCUGAGACGGAGAUCAAUGCUCUCGACCACAUUCAGGAGUCCUCUGAAUCCAGGGCCAAGCGUUCGACCGGAGAAAGUCCAGGCGGUCAAAUUUCAUUGUUACUGGACCAGAGAAAGCGUAAAGUUUUGAUGUGUGGGAAUGGCUACGACGCCCGAUGUGUGGUGAUUAAGUGCCCCCUGCAGGGCUUGGACAGUACUGCAGUGAUCUCGCUGAGGUCUCGGUUAUGGAACUCAACGUUCCUGGAGAACUACGCUUCUCUCAGCUACCUUGACAUCAUUGUGAAGGCCUCUCUCAAGCUCGACAGUCCUGCUAAGAACAUGAUCCUGAGAGAUGCGGACACCCAGGUCAGGGUGACGGUGUUCCCAGAGAAGGCGGUGGCCCAGUAUGGCGGAGUCCCCUGGUGGAUCAUACUGGUAUCUGUCCUCGCUGGUAUCUUGAUGCUCUCCUUGCUGGUGUUCCUGCUCUGGAAGUGUGGUUUCUUCAAGAGAGCCCCCAAAGACCAGUACGAUGCGGCCUAUCACAAGGCACACAUCAAUGUUCAGCCCUCUGACAAAGACAAGCUCUCCACAGACGCGUAGAACCCCAUAUGUGCGCACAGAUCCAGGUGUGGAUUUUUCCGACGCGCCAAACCUGAAGAGAGCGUCCCGAAGUACCACGCUGUGCGCAUACGAAGGGAAUCUCUCCCGUGCCCGGAGGGGAAGCUCAAGCUGGAGUUUUACGAGCGAAAGCCCUGGAUGACGAUCUGGAGCGAGAAUGAGGGCUAUUCCUGAGAGAGGGUUACGGGAGGAUUCCAUGUACGAAGAGAAGGAUGAAAAGCUUGUCUCUGCUAUCCCUUUUUAUUGGUUUGAGUAAUCAAAUGUGCUGAUUGGCUUGACGACAGGUGAGGUGGGGUCUGGUUGCUUAAUUGACCUGGGUAAUGGUGGAGGUGGUCCACUCCUCCUAACGUUAGUAAUUUCCAUUUAAGUUAUCUUUGAAAGCGUUUUUUUUUGUCAAGAUUGUGAAAAUGAAGCCCGGUUUCAUUCCGUUUUUUACCAUCACAUUUCCUGAAGAUCCAAACUGCUGUUUAUUUGUUUAUCGACUGCACAGGAAGAUUGGGAAAAUAUUUUUUACAUUUGUAGAUAAACUUUGUACUCAUACUUGAUUCCUCAAAGUCCUGUCUGAAUAUUGAAAUGUAUAGAUUGCAUACUGUAAGUUUUGUAAAUAUUUCUUUAAUGUAAUACUGUAUUUAUUGUUUUAUUCUCAAUCAACAUACAUUUAGCCAAAGAUUUUUGUUCAGGUAUCAAAGCUGCUUUUAGUUUUAUCUCAUUUUUCUGGAAUCAGUUUUUUUUUCAUAAAACUGAAAAUAAAAUGAAUUACUGCAACAACGUCAA